CUCUCAACUUUUGACCUUAUCUUAUUGGAAGUAACGCUUCGCAUAAUUUUCGAUAUGCAUAUGGAUUCAAGUGAAAAUGUUUUGAGGUUUUAGAACAGCGACACCUACCAUAAAUAGAUUCAAAUGCGCGUUGUGCUGUGUGUGAAGAUGCCUUGAAUACGGGGAUGACGGAAAAGGAAUUCGAUUAAUAAUUUUCACUAGCAUUCAAACGAUAAUCGGUGUGCGGCAUCGCAGGAGGAAGAUGGAGGCGUUUCAGAUUGGAAGUGGAUGUAAUUCCUUGAAGUGACGGUACUGACAGUUCAUUGGAUAGCUGGUAGAUGACAUGAGGGCUUUCAGGAAUGUUCCAGAAAUUUGGAGAGCUACUCUACGAUGAAGGAAGCGCGCCAAAUUCGGGUUCUGUCUGGAAUUUUCUGGAAUACUCCGCGAAAUGUGAAAUCGGUGGGAGUGCUGAAUUUAAGCCCCACGGUCGCUUCGGAGAAUUUCAUCAGUGCUUUUCGGUGCGCGAAGCAGAGCAGGUAUUGACGAGGCAGUGAUAGCCGUGUCUAUUGGUUGUUGCGAUCCGUUACUGUGUGAGAGAAGCAUCUGUUGAAGACUCGGACAAUGGCUCGCUUUGGGAUGGUUCCGUUUUUCUCCGCAUGGCAUGACGACGUCCCGAGGUCACACUCACUGUUCGAUCAAUUUUUCGGACAGAACCUGUUCGAUGAGGACUUGGUCUCGCGUAAACGACUCAAUAGUCCAGACUAUGUGUACCUCAGCUUGGUCCCUUCAGCUUUAAGGGGCCAGGUAGGCCGGAGUCAACCAUCUCGUCAGCGCAGUGGAUUGUCUCAAGUUUCGAACGACAAAGAUGAGUUUAAAGUGUGCUUGGAUGUUCAGCAGUUUAAGCCAGAAGAAAUAUCCGUGAAAACGGUCGACGACUACGUGGUCAUCGAAGGAAAGCACGAGGAGAAAGAAGAUGAACACGGGUAUAUCCAGCGCCACUUCGUUCGCAAGUAUCGUCUUCCAGAAGGAGUGAAGGCUGAAGCUGUUACUAGUUCGCUUUCGUCGGAUGCAGUCCUGUCAAUAAGAGCUCCGAAGUCUCUUCCAGUGCAGACCAGCAACGAGCGUGUUGUUCCGAUCACUCAUUCUCCUUUCCCAGCCAUGUCAUCGGGUGGUGGUGAUGCAGCUGAGAAGGAUGGUGGGAAAAGUGGGGAUAGCAAGAUGGAGUCUUGAGAGCUCUGAUGGAUGGCGCAAGAAUUUCAGAUUACUUUUAAUUCUGCAAUUCACUUCGAUUUUUUGAGAAAAUUCAUUUGCUAAAUGCGUAUGCCUUGUACAGUAUUUAUUCCUUUUGAGCUGUUGUUUCCGAAGUAACAUUCGUUGUCUCACUGCUGCGUAUACUACGUGGGCAUAGGAGUAAAGAUGUGUUGAUCGAAGAGGGUUUUGCUCGUUUUUUGUCGCUCAGAAUUAGAUUCGUCCGAGUCGCGGACAACUCCUGUCAUGAGCAGCAAGGGACUACGAGUCUUGAUGUGACGAAGUCUCAGCAAGCAUAUGAGGAAGUCUGUUCUGAAUUACUCGAGCAUGUAUGAUCAAUGAUAGGUUCUGUGGUUCUAAAUUUCCUAUGUUUGGGAAGGCUUGGAAGUAUUGAAAGUACUGUGAUACGGUUUGUUUCCCAUAAAUCAUGAUUCGAAACUCAUUCAAACUAACGUCCCGACUGGACUGCAAGAUCUACGCAUGAAAAUGAACCGAAAUGGGAAUUCUAUUCAGUAAAUAUUCGAUUGAUCGUUGGUGACAGAAUCUUCUUUGACAGUGUGAGGAUCGUCUAAGAAAUGAUCUCAUUGUGAUCAGGUGUGAUACAUUCGGAGAUACUGUACUUCAAAAAUGUGUCUAAAUCUGUACUAUGUCUUGGGGGAAACGAUCUACGACUGAUCUUUGCUGGGUGCUUCUCUUGUGGAGAUUCUCCAAAAUAGCUUGUUCCCGAGUGCGAUUCAUUCAUGCCCAGUGAUGGAUGAUUCUAGGAGUAUGUUCGAGAAUGCUCGUUUGGUCUGUGCAGAAGUUUUCGUUGCGGGAUUCGUCUUCGUUCUUUUUCACGAAAGUGUGAUUUACUGUAUCGUUUCACGUAUAUUUCCUGGGUCAAUUGAUGUAUUAUUGUGAUCUGAUGAAUAAAUAUGUGAUCUGCAUCAUGUUUA